AUCAAAAAAGAAAUCUUUUUUUAGUAAGAGAAAAGAUAGAAGAGAAAAAUGAUAGGGCCAAGUCGUCCAUUGAUUGUCCUAUUUGGUUCUUCAAUAGUGCAAUUAAGCUACUUCCUUAAUGGUUGGGGUGCAACCCUUGCAAACUGUUAUGCUCGUAAGGCGGAUAUAUUCUUGCGUGGAUAUAUUGGUUGAAACUCAAGGAUGGCUCUUGAAAUUUACAAGAAAGUUUUUCCAAAGGAACAUUGUUGGGACAAACACAAGGAAAUUCAACCUUCUCUUGUCAUACUUUAUUUUGGUGGGAACGAUUCACAAGAUUCUGAUUUUCCUAACAGCAGCAAUGUCCCUCUUGAUGAAUAUGUUGAAAACAUGAGGAAGAUUGCACUUCAUAUCAAGGGCCUUUUAGAGAAGACUCAUCUAAUUAUGCUAAGUGCUCCUGCAGUUAAUGAGGAACUAAUUCUUAAAUUCUACGGGGAUAAUCGAGGUAGAUCAAAUGAGGUCGGUCGAAAAUAUGCAGAAGCUGGUGUUAAACUAGGCCAAGAAUUAGGCGUGCCAGUUGUCAAUUUCUUCGAAGCCCUUUAUGAAAAACCUGGUGUCUUUUGGGAUGGAAUGCAUUUAACAGCAGAAGGAAGUAAGAUUUUGUUUGAAAAAUUUCAGAAAGUAAUCAAAGAGGCAGAUUGGGAACCAACUCUAGAUUGGGACAAAAUGCCAACUGAGUAUGCUGAUAUUGGUACUGAUAUGCACCUUGAGAAGCUGAUGAAGGAGACCACUCAUAUUGGUACUGAUAUGCAACUUGAGAAGCUGAUGAAGGACACUGAAGAUAAAACUAUUGGGAUUACUGAUAGUGAUUCCCAAGAACCUAAACCCCAUGAGAUUAUCUUGGAUGCAUAAUAAAAUAAGAAUAUGUAAGAAUGUAAGACCAAGUACUAUUACUAGUCAUCAAUCCCCAUUUCCUGUUUGGUGUGUCCUAAUAAAAAUAUGCAAGAAUAAGACUAUGUACUAGUAGUAAAUUUCCAAUUUUCCUGUUUGGUGUGUCCUAAUAAACUCUUUUGCAAAAGAGUAUUAAUUAAAUGUUCCUAGGAAGGUCUUGCCUUUAUCUAGGAAUUAGGGUUUGCUUUGUUGUAAGAAAGUUUGUGAGUGUGCUUUGUAAUAAUGUAUUAUGAAAGUUAUAAAUAUUUUAAUGGAAUAAUGCAUUUG